CUCCCGGCGCAGACCCUCGGGUUUGUUUACGUCCCGGGGAGCGCCCCGGGGCCACCCGCGCACCUCGCGGCCGCCCCGCUCUUUUGUGUGCCUGUGUCAGUGACGCGGACCUGUCCCUCCGUGGCGGACCCCCGCGGGGGCGCUUUGGGGAAACUUGGCGAGGGGCGGCGGGGGUGCCCCCGCGCGCAGUGCCGCUGGGUCCCGGUGUCCCGGACCGCCGGGUGCGGGCGCGGAAGGAGGAGGCUGCAACUUUCCCCGAGCGCAGGCCCCGCGCUGUUCCCCCGGGUGCGCAGGCGGGGUACGCUGCCUCCCCGCCGCCGGUCCGAGCUGCGAUCGCCGCGCGCCUGGGGGCUCCGGCGGCCCCCGGUGACCUGCGGCGCCCGGUCCCUUCCUUGCCUCCCCUCGGGGCUUCUGCCCUCUCUGCAGGGCCCGCCAUGGAGCGCGCGGCGGGUGCGCUCGGAGAUGCCUUCUCGGGCCGAGUUCUCGAAAGCAGAGCCGUGGGGGCCCUUUGGGACCGUGGCGUGCCGGGCGGUGGUCCGCGCGCAGAGUCCCCGGCGCCGCGGGGGGACCGUGCUGGGGCUCCCCGGCCCGCGCCCGAGCCGCCGCCGUGCCCGCCUGCCACCCCCCGCCUGGAGGAGCGGCGCACCCUUAGGGUCCGCCCCGCACGUGCCAGCUCGGCGCCCGCGGCGCCCGGACAGCCCCGGGACUCUGCCAGGUGGAUGUUGUGCGUAGCCGGAGCCAAGUUAAAGAGAGAACUCGAUGCCACCGCAACGGUAUUGGCGAACCGGCAGGAUGAAAGUGAGCAGUCCAGAAAGCGGCUUAUCGAACAGAGCCGGGAGUUCAAGAAGAACACUCCAGAGGAUUUACGCAAGCAGGUAGCGCCGCUGCUGAAGAGUUUCCAAGGAGAGAUUGAUGCACUGAGUAAAAGAAGCAAAGAAGCUGAAGCAGCUUUCUUGAAUGUCUACAAAAGAUUGAUUGACGUCCCAGAUCCCGUACCAGCUUUGGAUCUCGGACAGCAACUCCAGCUCAAAGUGCAGCGCCUGCACGAUAUUGAAACAGAGAACCAGAAACUUAGGGAAACUCUGGAAGAAUACAACAAGGAAUUUGCUGAAGUGAAAAAUCAAGAGGUUACGAUAAAAGCACUUAAAGAGAAAAUCCGAGAAUAUGAACAGACACUGAAGAACCAAGCCGAAACCAUAGCUCUUGAGAAGGAACAGAAGUUACAGAAUGACUUUGCAGAAAAGGAGAGAAAGCUGCAGGAGACACAGAUGUCCACCACCUCAAAGCUGGAGGAAGCGGAGCAUAAGGUUCAGAGCCUACAAACAGCCCUGGAAAAAACUCGAACAGAAUUAUUUGACCUGAAAACCAAAUACGAUGAAGAAACUACUGCAAAGGCCGACGAGAUUGAAAUGAUCAUGACGGACCUUGAAAGGGCAAACCAGAGGGCAGAGGUGGCUCAGAGAGAGGCGGAGACCUUAAGGGAACAGCUCUCAUCGGCCAAUCACUCCCUCCAGCUGGCCUCACAGAUCCAGAAGGCACCAGACGUGGAGCAGGCCAUAGAGGUGCUGACCCGCUCCAGCCUAGAAGUUGAGUUGGCCGCCAAGGAGCGGGAGAUCGCACAGCUGGUGGAGGACGUGCAGAGACUCCAGGCCAGCCUCACCAAGCUGCGGGAGAAUUCGGCCAGCCAGAUCUCGCAGCUUGAGCAGCAGCUGAGCGCCAAAAACAGCACACUCAAACAACUGGAAGAAAAACUCAAAGGCCAGGCUGACUAUGAAGAGGUGAAGAAAGAGCUGAACAUUCUGAAGUCCAUGGAGUUUGCACCGUCCGAGGGCGCUGGGACACAGGAUGCGGCCAAGCCCCUGGAGGUGCUGUUGCUGGAGAAGAACCGCUCGCUGCAGUCCGAGAACGCCGCGCUGCGCAUCUCCAACAGCGACCUGAGCGGGUCAGCCAGGAGGAAAGGGAAAGACCAGCCUGAAAGUCGGCGCCCGGGAUCUUUGCCGGCCCCCCCUCCUUCUCAGUUGCCCCGCAACCCGGGGGAGCAGGCUUCCAAUACUAAUGGUACACACCAGUUCUCACCAGCGGGGUUAAGUCAAGACUUUUUCAGCUCAUCCCUGGCAAGCCCCAGCCUACCCCUGGCUUCUACAGGAAAAUUUGCACUAAACUCUCUUCUCCAGCGGCAGCUAAUGCAGUCCUUCUACUCCAAGGCUAUGCAGGAAGCCGGAAGCACAAGCAUGAUUUUUUCAACAGGUCCAUACAGCACAAACUCCAUAUCUUCCCAAAGUCCAUUACAACAAAGCCCAGAUGUCAAUGGCAUGGCCCCAUCCCCCAGCCAGUCAGAAAGUGCUGGGAGCGUCUCCGAGGGCGAGGAGAUGGACACUGCAGAAAUCGCCCGGCAGGUCAAAGAGCAGCUGAUUAAGCACAAUAUCGGACAACGUAUUUUCGGACAUUAUGUGUUGGGACUGUCUCAAGGGUCCGUGAGCGAGAUUCUGGCCCGGCCCAAGCCAUGGAAUAAACUGACUGUUCGCGGCAAGGAGCCAUUUCACAAGAUGAAACAGUUCCUCUCCGAUGAGCAGAACAUCCUGGCCCUCCGUAGCAUCCAAGGCAGACAAAGAGAGAAUCCAGGCCAGAGCCUGAACAGACUAUUUCAGGAAGUACCGAAACGAAGAAAUGGGUCUGAAGGUAACAUCACCACCCGGAUCCGAGCCUCGGAGACUGGCUCUGAUGAAGCCAUCAAGUCCAUCCUAGAGCAAGCCAAGAGGGAGCUCCAAGUGCAGAAAACUGCAGAGCCAGCCCAGCCUUCCUCCGCAUCCGGCAGUGGGAACUCCGAUGACGCCAUCCGCUCCAUCCUGCAGCAAGCCCGCCGGGAGAUGGAGGCCCAGCAGGCCGCCCUCGACCCUACCUUAAAGCAGGCACCGCUGUCCCAGGGUGACAUCACCAUCCUCACCCCCAAGCUUCUGUCCACCUCGCCCAUGCCCACCGUGUCCAGCUACCCGCCUCUCGCCAUCUCCCUGAAGAAGCCCUCCGCAGCUCCUGAGGCUGGUGCCUCUGCUCUGCCGAACCCCCCGGCCCUCAAAAAGGAGGCCCAGGACACCCCCCUGCUGGACCCCCAGGGAGCGGCCGAUUGUGCACAAGGGGUCCUGAGACAGGUGAAAAACGAGGUGGGCCGCAGCGGUGCCUGGAAGGACCACUGGUGGAGCGCGGUGCAGCCGGAGAGAAGAAACACCACCUCCUCCGAGGAGGCCAAGGCUGAAGAAACGGGCGGCGGGAAAGAGAAGGGCAGCGGUGGCAGCGGUGGUGGCAGCCAGCCUCGGGCCGAGCGCAGCCAGCUCCAGGGACCCUCAUCUUCAGAGUACUGGAAGGAGUGGCCCAGUGCCGAGUCCCCAUACUCCCAGAGCUCAGAGCUGAGUCUGACUGGGGCCAGCCGCAGCGAGACACCGCAGAACAGCCCCCUGCCAUCCUCCCCGAUCGUGCCCAUGUCCAAGCCCACCAAGCCCUCGGUCCCCCCGCUGACCCCCGAGCAGUACGAGGUCUACAUGUACCAGGAGGUGGACACCAUCGAGCUCACCCGGCAGGUUAAGGAGAAGCUGGCCAAGAACGGCAUCUGCCAGAGAAUCUUCGGGGAGAAGGUGCUGGGCCUGUCCCAGGGCAGCGUCAGCGACAUGCUGUCCCGACCGAAACCGUGGAGCAAGCUGACGCAGAAAGGCCGAGAACCCUUCAUCCGGAUGCAGCUCUGGCUGAAUGGCGAACUAGGCCAGGGUGUUCUACCCGUCCAGGGCCAGCAGCAAGGGCCAGUCCUCCACUCUGUGACGUCGCUCCAGGACCCGCUGCAGCAGGGCUGUGUGAGCUCAGAAAGCACUCCAAAGACCUCCGCCAGCUGCAGCCCUGCCCCUGAGUCCCCGAUGAGUUCCAGUGAGUCGGUGAAGAGCCUGACCGAGCUGGUCCAGCAGCCCUGUCCCCCCAUCGAGGCGAGCAAGGACGGCAAGCCACCGGAGCCCAGUGACCCGCCAGCAUCUGACUCCCAGCCCACAACCCCGCUGCCUCUCUCCGGACACUCGGCCCUCAGCAUCCAAGAAUUAGUAGCCAUGUCCCCGGAGCUGGACACGUACGGCAUAACCAAGCGGGUGAAGGAGGUGCUGACGGACAACAACCUCGGCCAGCGCUUAUUUGGGGAGACCAUCUUAGGGCUCACCCAAGGCUCUGUCUCCGACCUCCUUGCCCGCCCCAAACCCUGGCAUAAGCUCAGUCUGAAAGGACGAGAGCCCUUUGUCCGGAUGCAGCUGUGGCUGAACGACCCCAACAAUGUGGAGAAGCUGAUGGACAUGAAACGGAUGGAGAAGAAAGCCUACAUGAAGCGGCGGCACAGCUCAGUCAGUGACAGCCAGCCCUGCGAACCGCCGUCUGUCGGCACCGAGUACAGCCAGGGCGCCAGCCCCCAGCCCCAGCACCAGCUGAAGAAACCCCGGGUGGUGCUGGCUCCCGAGGAGAAGGAGGCGCUGAAACGAGCGUAUCAGCAAAAGCCAUACCCGUCACCAAAAACCAUCGAAGACCUCGCCACCCAGCUCAACCUGAAAACCAGCACCGUCAUCAACUGGUUCCACAACUACAGGUCUCGGAUCCGCAGAGAACUGUUCAUUGAGGAAAUUCAGGCCGGGAGCCAGGGGCAGGCGGGCGCCAGCGACUCACCCUCGGCCCGCAGCGGCCGGGCGGCGCCCAGCUCGGAGGGCGACAGCUGCGACGGCGUGGAGGCCACUGAGGGCCCAGGCAGCGCCGACACCGAGGAGCCCAAGUCUCAGGGAGAGGCCGAGCGGGAGGAGGUGCCGCGGCCGGCGGAGCAGGCGGAGCCGCCGCCCUCGGGGACCCCGGGCCCGGACGACGCCCGCGACGACGACCACGAGGGAGGCCCCGUGGAAGGCCCGGGGCCCCUGCCCAGCCCCGCCACCGCCACCGCCACCGCCACCGCCACCGCCGCGCCCGCGGCCCCCGAGGACGCCGCUACCUCAGCCGCCGCCGCGCCGGGGGAGGGCCCCGCGGCCCGGAGCUCCGCGCCGCCGCCCAGCAGCAGCAGCAGCAGCAGCAGCAGCGCCCCCCGCAGGCCCAGCUCGCUGCAGAGCCUUUUCGGCCUCCCGGAGGCCGCGGGCGCCCGGGACUCGCGCGACAACCCCCUGCGCAAGAAGAAGGCCGCGAACUUGAACAGCAUCAUCCAUCGCCUGGAGAAGGCCGCCAGCCGGGAGGAACCUAUCGAAUGGGAGUUCUGAGGGGCCGCGGCCCCAGGGCGGGCAGCCAGGCUGGGCCGUAAGGGCCUGGACGGGGUCGGACGGGGCAGGCGCUGCAGACACCGUGGCCUGGGCUUGGCCCGCGGCCUGCACCGACCCCGGGCCGGACCUGAGCCCGCAGCCCAGACCCACUCCACGGUCCGCGGCCUGCACCAACCCGAGGCCCAGAUCCAAGACCGCGGCCCAGCCUCACUCUGCGGCCCACACCCACCCUGAGGCCCGGGCAGACCCUGCGGCCUCCACCAACCCCGCGGCCUGGACCGCUUUGCGCACUUACCGCCCUGCGGGCCACAGGGCAAAAUCGCCAUAGGCCAAGGUGCAUAUAGAAAACAAAGGAGCAUUAAGCCCAAUCUAUGUCGUGUUUUCAAGGAAGAAAACGGAAAUGUGUGGUCGAGCUUUUUUGUACCCUGAAGUGUUUUUUUUAUUGCCCUAAGUGAUUUCCACAGGUUCUGGAAUAACUCUUACAGCUUUGCCUUGUGUCCUCCUGUUCCGUGUGGGCUUUAAAAGAAAAAAAAUCAAACCCACAUAUUAAAAGGGGGCUUUUUAUCUGCCAUCUAAUGGCUUCAGAGCGAUAAUACACUAUUAUCUUCUUAAACCAGGAAAAAAUAAAAGGGGGGGGUGGGAUUUUUCAGAAAAAUUAAAAAAGAAAGUUUUUGUAGCUGUUCAGUUGCCACUAAGAGAUUGCACAGUCAAAACGACUCUAAACACACUAGUUUGGAUUCCUAAAUAUUUUCAAGAAAAGAAUCUUCUCGUUUGAAACUUUGAAUUAAAAUAAAACACAUUUACUCCACAUAUUUUUUAACAAAAAGAAAACGUCACAUCAGGAAACUCUGAUUUUGUGGUAGCUGACAUAGUGUUUUCUUGUACGUGAAUAGAAUCCUGACAUGUAGUGCACAUCGAUGUAUAGCUUUAACUGACCCUGGGUUUUGCAGACCAGGGUUUGUUUAAUACACUCCAUUCUAGGCCAAAUCAGGACAAAAAAAAAAAAAAAAAAGAAAAGAUCCGAAUCUAGGUAUUUUAUAAUCUGCUUUUUAACCUCUAACCGCAGAGCACGCUGAUCAGACCUCAUAUCUUGGAGGUUUAGGAGACAAGUUAGAACUGUAGCAUGUACCUGUUAAUUUUGUUUAAUUUAUGGUGUCUCAAUCUGUCUGUGCGUCUGCACGUGUGCAAGCAUUGAAAGAAAGGAGAGAGUAGUCCGGGCGAGCACAGCAGGCAGUUCCGGGGCCAGACGGGCCUGUCCCCAAGUAGACAGCAGUCUACUGAUCUCUCUCUGGCACAGAAGGCACCUCACCUCACACCACUCUCCUGGACACCUGAUGAAUUGAGCCCUCCCAGGGGAAGACACUCCCCAGGCCUGGGCAGGGCUUACACGCGCACUCUCUCUCUCUCUUUCCCUUUUUCUUCCCACCGCAAGCACUGAUGACCCCAUUGAACUUGUGGGAAACUUCCUUUCUCUGCAGGAGAGAGAACGUGGCAUUCUGGGCUCCCCACUCCCGUCCCUGUAGAAAUGGCCCAAACUCACACCAAAACGUGGAUGCUCUUCAACUUCCAAACCUACCAUUUGCCCUUCUUUCAUUUCGCCUCUUAGAAAGUUCUUUUAUGCACAGUUUUAGGGCAGUCUAAGUACAAACUGAAAGUCUAACUUGUCUCUGAUUCCUCCCUUGUCUAUGUGUAUAUGCGUGAGAAUAGAGGCGGGUGAGAGAGUGCGUGCGUGUGCGUGUGUGCAAUUUUAUACGUCUGUGUAUUUUCUUAAGUACCUGUGCACACGUAGAGUGCAUUACUGCCACCUUUUUCAAUAAGCUGUUUUAUCAGUUACGGCUUCUACAAGUUUGCUAAUUUAGACUCCUUUAUUGCCAUAUCUUUAAACUAACAAUAGAUGAUUUCGGUAUAUAUAUAUAUUUUUUUUUGCUUAUUUAUAGGUGCUGUAUUUUAUUAUCUGAUUGUUAGGAAGGGAUGAAAGGGGCAAAUAUUCUUUAGAGGGAUAGACUGCCGGCAGUAUUGGGUAUAAUUUACAAGAUGUAGUUGUCAUACUGUAUAUUACUGAUUGAAAACUUUUUGACCGUAUUGUGUAUCAUUGAAACCUUUGUCUUAGGUCAACAUCUUUGGAUGACAUUUUAAUGGUGCAUUCAUUAUUUCUUAAGUUUAAUUAAUAUUACUUUUUUUUUAUUUGGGGGGUGGGAGGGAGUUAUAAUUUUAAAGGUAUGCUCUGGCUGUUCCACCUCCAUGUGCUUGUUAAUUAACUUGUAGGACUUUGACUGUAAGAUGUGAAACCACGUUUCUUGCAUGAUGUUUUAGAGAUUAUUUCAUUUACAGUCUUUUAACCUGCAACUGCAGCACUUAGUUCACGUUUUCACAAAUGUUGAGAGUCACUACACUAAAGACAACGCCUUUCCAUGAAGGAGAAGUUUUCAGAAGGCUCUAGGGGGCUGGGAGGCAGGCCGUUUGUUUGUCUUUUGUUGGGGGUAUAAUUUCUGAACUUGAAAUCCAGUUCAGGGAGAAGAGAAUUCAAAAUUAGAGGAGCUUAAGGGGACACGGGUCAACAUCUAGCUCGAUUCAGGUGCAUUGAGAAGAGUGAGUUCACAUCAGUGACCCUUAGGACAGUGAGUGGCAGAGCCCUGACGACUGUGGUGUCCUCUCCACAAAACCCUCAAGGGACUUUUGUCAUCAUGUGUGAUGAACCUUUAAAUAUCAUCUAAUUUUCAUAAGAAUGAAAAGUUAACAGGAAAUAGUAGGCUAGGGUUUAGUUUUAAAGGCAUGACUGUUAUUUACAAAGGUGUUAAAUUUGAGGAAAUUGACAAAUACAGAUUUGUCCAUUCUAGUGGCCAAACAGUAACAGUCUAAAAUGCAGUCAUUUUGACCCUCCCAAGCAAUUUAGUCAUGUGUGUUGUUUUCUCUUUUUUGUUUUUACUUCUUAAGAUUUUUAACUAGGUUACUGUUGGUUCCCUUUCUGUCUUUUUUGCCAGACCUACAUCUGGUGCCGGAUACAAUCAGUUGGUUAAAUUUUGCUUGCAGUUCUGUGUAUUUUUUUCCUCUAUUAUUUAUUUAAAAAAAAAAAUGGAGAUCCCAACUUUAGAUCUUUGAUGUUAAGCUAGCACUGUCUGUAAUACUUCUAAGAGCUGCCACUAAAAUAAUACAGCAAUCCGUGGCUGGGGGAGCACCCCCUCCUGGUUGGGCCCCUCAGUUGGAGUCUAAGGGUUAAUCUCUCAUCUUGCUAAGCAGUAUUCAAGUGCCUUGAACAGUGUCCCUUCGGCAUGGCUCCCCUUCAGCAGGCUCGCGUUCCAAGCAGUGGCCCCCGCAGGCAGCCGACCCCCUUCCUCUUCACGCUCUUAUGAGUUUAAAAAGCUGAUUUGUACCUCUCCCCUGGGGGAAAUGGUUCCAUAUAAAACACUAACACUUAAUUACAAGCUCCAUUAUGCCAUUUUAAAUGGCUUCUUUUUGUUAAUUGGAGGCAGUGUUCAUAACUUAAGACUUUUGCCAUUAACUUAGCUGGCUAAGCAGAGGCUCGGCGUAAAAUCUGUUUGCAUUUAGCCUCUUGACCCAGGGUUCUGGCCCAAGCUCCCUUGUGAUAGCCGAGAUGGCAGGUGUGUGAGUUCUGUCCUAGACCUGUGCCCAACUCACUUCCACCCCAGAGGAGGCUUCUGUCCUCCUCCCCAACCCCCGAGCUCCCAGGUAACCUCCUCUUGAACUUCUGUUAUCAGUGAAGACAUCUGUGGUUUCUGCUCACCAGACCUCUCUUUAGAAAGGGUUAUCAGAGCCAUGGAGCUUAGCUCAACUGGAUUCUUCUAGACGAUCUUAGGAGGCAUCUUGGCAUGAGGCAGCUUCUAAGCGUCUCCUGGGACAGGAUCGGGGGUGACAGCCCAAGGAUGCAUGCGUGGGAGAACUCUCUGAGAAAUGCCAGGAUCGUGGCUCACAGGGACCCACCAUCAAACCCUGCUACUUUGUGCAAGUAAUUGAGGCAAAAGAUACCAGUUGACGGCCUCCCUGGGGUAGAUCCCUUGUACCUCCCAAGUACAAAUACCUCCCUGCUCAGUUUCCUUCCUGUCGCCAUCUUUGUUUUCUUCCCAUUAAAAAACCAUCCUGUCUGAUGUGGACGUUCGGGUCUGCUGGUUGGCGGUCCGGGCCCAGAAUGCAGCAGAGCUCUGGGUUAAAUAUUCCUUUCUGGCCACCGCCCAAGCCCAGGUGGCCAGCUCUCAUACCCCAUCUCCUUCCUUGGCCAGGGCCAGCAUCAGGCGUGCAGCUCACGACCAGUUUACACAGGCUGCAAAGAGAUCGCUGCGGGCCUCGGCUGACUAUUUUAAGAUCAUGCCACAGCCAGGCCCUAAAAAGAGAGGGGAACAGGAGUCCCCAGGUGAGCUUUCUCACGGGCAGGUGCCUUCCCGACUAAGGCUGGACUGGAUGACUUUGUUCCUCCUGCACGUAUGUCCUUUGAUGCAAGGGUGAUCAAUGAACUCUGUGGACAUUCUAUGCAAUGUUUUUCAUUCCUCUGAUUUUAGCAAAGCAAAUCUUACUGAAAAAUAGAGCCAGGGGAACAGACGCAUGUCCUUCUGGGAGUCACACAAAGAAAAGCAGAGAGACUUUCAACUGAGGGGCGACAGCCUUUGCCUUAAAUGCACUAUGACAGGCGCUUCUUGGCAGAGUCCGUAGACCUUACUCAUCCCAAGGCCGACGAGCCAGCUGUACAGGGCGAGAUGUAGCAACACGGGGCGUGAGUGGUGGGCGUGCUGGGCUAUUCGCUGUGGUACUUUAGCCUGGAGGUUUGGCUCCUGUGCUGCCGGUGGGGGGCCCUGUCCCUCCCCAGAUGUCCUCCCUCUUCACACUCCUCAUUGUCCCUUCUACCUCACUAACCUGUGUUCUCCAUCUGAUGUCACCCAGAACCACACCCCACAGAACUGUGAGGCACGUGGGCUGGAGAGGGCAGAAAAGCUGCCAGCACAGCAGACACGAGCAUCUCUCUGCCUGGUGGGCCAGCUUUGUGUGUCUCUCCUUUUGUGAGCGCAACACGGAGAAACAGCUGUGCUCUGCAAGGCACACGGAUUUUUCCCUUUACUUCCACCUGUUCCCAAAGCUCCAGCAGCUGUUUCUUUUGCAGGCAGGGCGUGGUCUCGGGCCUCUGAGGGUCUUGUCUUUGGUCCGCCUGUCCUUUCUAUCCAGUCCUGUUCAGCUGUUAAGAUCCAUCAUGGCCAUUAUCCUUGCCCCAGACUGCCCCAAAGUGGCCACAUGAGGACACUUCCCAAGAUUCCCAGCUGGCUUUGGGGAACGCUAUAGCUCUUGGGUGUCUGUUGUCUCUGGCAUGGUUUUAGCGUCACUGCGAACACUCCUUUGCAAACAUCAAACAUCUCAAAGACGGAAAAGGAUAGAUGGCUUCCUCUAGCCUACACGCCCCGUCCACAGUUGCAUCACCCUCUUAUCCCAAAAGAGUAUGCCAGUUCCCAUCCAGCACUGAAGAAAACCAGCUCCUGGGGCUGCUGGUUGGAGGUGGGUCUGUCCACUGUGGGGGCCAAAGUGUUCCCCUGCUGGAGAGAGUUUGCAAGUAAGAACCUAAGGAUGGGGACAGCAUCCUGUGCUUGGGCAUUGACCAGCCAAAGGUCACAUUUAGGAAUCCUCAGUGCUUCUGUGGUUUCACCUGGGCAUCGAUGACAUUAGGGAAGCCUUUGUGACCACAAGGCUGAGUGGCAAGGUGGUGACCGGGGGCCAAUGUGAUGUGGCUGGAUCUCAGCGUGUACUGAAUGCCAGUCUGGCCAGCACACUCGAACGCUAAGAGAAUGGUCCAAUUUGAUGAUCUUAUUUCGAUUUCAAUCAGGUUUUGACUUUUUGUAGAUGAAAACUACCAGGGAAAAGGGGAAGCAGGUACCCAAUAAAGUUUAGAAAGAUCCAGUCUGUGAAACCCUUAGAGAUGGGCUGAAAGUUAAGUCCACAACCCUUGGGCUUAAUCAGGAUGGAAGAGGAGGGGGUGUGGGGGGCAGAGCGUAAAACAAGCCCCAGCCCUACUCCCGGCCCCCCAGCCCAGGCUUCCCAAUCCCAGAGGCCCCGGCGGCCUGUGCUCCUCACCACCCUGGUCAGGGGAGUAGAAGGAAAUGCAAUUUCCGCCUGUCUGCCCGACUUCCAAAAACUGCGUCCUCCUGCCCAGGCCUCUCCCACCACCACCUCCCCUCCAAAGAUAACCGUGUCCAUGCCGUCCGUGGCAUCAUCUCGAGUUUUCAUUUUUGGAUGAAGUGACAUUUAGCUUUAACAAGACAUUUCCAAAGCGCCUAGUCUCCUCCAAAAUGCUAACUUUAAAAGUUGGGCAUUGUAGGCGAAAAAUCCUGAAAAAAAAAAAAAAAGACAAAAAAAAAAAAAAAGGCUGGCGAGAGAAAGACAUUUGGCUAUGCAUAAAUGUGCACUUCCCCCAUGCCCCCGUUCUUAAACUCUUAAGAUGCCUUUGAGUUGCUUUUUAUGAAUCCUUUUAGUUUACCCGAUAAUGUUAAGAAAGCAUUAGUCUGCGUUACUGUAAUUUCUGUAGUGUUUACGCUUUAAUUUCUACCACAAAAUAUGCUAUAUGCUAUGUAUCAAGCUUUCUGUAAUCAGAAAGAAAAGGUGCCUUAUAUCCCAAUGUCAUGGCUACAUCCCUAUGGAAAUUAAUCAGAAGCACAGUGUGUACGGAAGCAUUGGGACUUCUGCUGGUGAAACAAGAGACCAUUCAGCAAGACACGUUGAAGUGGCACGGAGCUGCUUUUGUUUUAUAAUUCUUUUUCCCCCCUUUUGCUUCUUCUUUUUUUUAUUAUUUUUUUUGUAGUUUGCUUUAAACAGAAAGCACUUAAAUAGAUGACUAUGUGUAAAAGCUCUGUGCAAUUGAAAUCAUUUUUCUUCAUUUUUAAAAAAUAACGUAUUGCACACCAAAUGAACUCAAAGUAAGCUUUAGACCAGGACGAUUCAGGUUAUGAAUGAGUUUGUUCACUGUAGUUCCGUUUGUUCAUGAACCGAAGGGAAAACAGGCCUCCCCGACUCCCUCCAGUCUCCCAGCCUGCCUCUUGGUGACCACUGUGCUGGGCAUGCAGGGCCCGUGGGCUCUGGCCGGAGCCGCUGGCCUGACGAGGCAGGAUGGGGAGUGUCCAUGAUUCAGAAGCUGAGAGCCUUCCCCAGUGUCUGAGGCCACAGCCAUCCCUUCCAGCACUUAAUCUUGUCUUGUUGAAAUGGACUGACUGCUACUGACCUGCCGGCGUGCGUGAGGGUGAUUAUAAAAGGAUGUUUCCUUGAGAAAAAAAAAUUAUUUCUAUCCUCUUCUAUUUAUUAUUAGGUUAAUCAUUUAAGUACUUACCAGGAGUGUAUUGUUAUUUUGUGUUUUGUUGUCAUAAAUGCUUUUUGCUGUCACUCUAGUGGUUACUAUCCUCUGCCUUCCUCUCCUCCCCCACUCCCCCAGGGAUUGAGUGGGGGGCAGAGGGGGUUUCCCCAGCGAAAUCAAACACCUGUCUCCAGAGUAGCCACUCAAAAACUGGUGGUCUCUAUAUGUCUAACUUUUUAAAUGAGAGAGUUUAUGAACAAAAAUAUCUACCAAUGUGUGAGGGAGUUGCUGAGUUGAACAAUGCUCGCUUGAGGAGCUUCAGAGGAAUCUUAGCAAAGCCAAGUUCAGUUCCCCAAAGCCUCCUAGAGCCUCUGGUAAGACUUCUGGGUUCAUGAAGUUUCGGCGAGCCGUGGUCAGAGAGGGCACAGUGGCCUGGCCAAGACUUUACCUCCAAGCGAGAGAGUGAUUUCUUGCAAGGCCCGCACGGGUUGAUAUGUUUUGGUUGGUUUUUUGUUGUUGUUUUUCUUGAGUACAAAGUUGGUCAAAACCAUCUUUCAAAGCAACAGUGUUUUGUAGUGCCAGGCUGUGGCUUGAGGGCUCACCUAGGAGAUCAUAGGCAGAGGGCCCCUUUCCCCUAUAGGUGGUUCAAUGUGGAGGAAGGUUGGGUGUGGAGACUGCUUGCUGUGGCCCCAAGCUCAGCCAGCAGGACACCCAGUUGUUGCCAAUCGGGUGUGAAGGUGAGGCGCCCUGCCUCGAUCCCAUGGGCCCAGCAGAAGGAAACUUACCCCAGGCCAAGGCAAGGGCCCUGCCCACCCCAAGGUAGGCUGGGAAGGGCAUCUCUUUCCAUAUCAUCACCUCCCCUUCUCCAAGAUGGCCGGGGGCCCUGAUUUUGUUCUCUCUUUGAAAGAAACCCUCCACCAAAACAAUGGUCCCCAUCUCCCCAAAAGGCUUUUUUUUUCCAUUUUUCUCUAAUUAGUCUAUGCAUUUCUCUCUCUCAAACCAUCUUCUGCCUCUUCCCUUGAGAAAACGGGCAUCUCACGUACCCCCAUCUGAGACCUCUUGGAAAAAAAAAUCCCGUGCAUUCUGGAGAUGUGAGAAUUCACCCAAAAUUCUUAAAGCAUUGGAGAAUAGCUUUGUUAUAAAAUAAAAGUGGGGGUAAAAAGAAGGUGGUUUUCCCCACAUCCCUUUGCAUUGAAUAAGAGACCUAGUUCUUUGCGUUUGUGCAAUAACUCUUUGCUGCUUGCCUUGAGAGCGGGUAGCACCACGCUCCUGUCCAGACUACUAACAGCACAAGACGCACUCGCAGGGUGGCGGAAUCUUCCGGAAAACUCUUUAUAAGCUCAGCUCCCCCCACCCCACCCCCAUUCCAGUGUUUUGUCACGUCUUACAUUUUAGCAGUAUUUUAUAUUUUCUGUAACGCACCAAGUCUUAGAUCUUUCGAGAGCUCGUUUGUUCAUCCUCACAAUCACAGAUUUUUUUUCUCCAAUCCUCACAGAGACCCAAUUGACCAAAAAAAGAAAAAAGGAAAAAAAAAAAGUCGUUUUUUUUUUUUUUUUUUUUUUGUACAAAUCGCUUUGAGAUGCCUCUGGUGUGUUGCUGUGUGACAUCUCUCUGAUAACAUUUUAUUUCUUGCUAUUUGUUUUUCUACAUUAAGAGUCAAAGUUGACCUGGCUGGCGUGGGGGUGGGGGAGGCACCCGUCAGCCCCUUGGUGUUGUCCCUCUGUCUUUGGUUAGCCAUACGAUGUUUGUUCUCAGCACUGUACAACGGUCCCUAUAUAAUACGGAGAAGCAAUAUCACUGUAUGAGACUCACACCAUGUAUUAUUAUUCACUAGCACCCUAGGUGUGAUAAUUGAAGUAAAUAUCUUUUAUACAAACACAA